AUGGCCAAAAAGAUCAACCAAAAAAGAGACGUAGGUCUCGCCUCGAACAAAUCGAGUUUUGUGUUGGACUUGGAUACCGUGCCUGAACCGCAAUAUGCUGCCGGAUCUGCCAGAAGUUAUCUUGUGACUUCUAUUCCUGAGAAAAUCACAAAAUCUAGAGGUGUCUCCUCCAAAGAUUUGCUUCUCAUCGCAGCUCUUGUUCUUCUGUCGGCCCUUUUACGUUUACGUGGCUUGGAGAAGCCUAACUCUGUGGUUUUUGACGAGGUCCACUUUGGUGGUUUUUCGCAAAAGUAUAUCUUGGGCACUUUUUUCAUGGAUGUGCAUCCGCCAUUGGCCAAGAUGUUGUUUGCGUGGGUUGCCCUGAUUGGCGGCUUCAAAGGUGACUUUGACUUCGCUUCCAUUGGCGACAUCUACCCUGAAACUGUUCCAUAUGUGUUGAUGCGGUUCUUCCCGGCCGCAUUGGGUGUUUUGACCGUUUUGCUUUGCUACUUAACCUUGCGUUCUUCUGGUGUUCGUCCAGCUGUUGCGUUUGCUACGGCAUCGUGCCUCAACUUGGACAAUUCCUACAUUACCAUCAGCAGAUACAUUUUGUUGGACUCCCCACUUAUGUUUUUCAUUGCUGCUUCCAUUUAUGCUUUCAAGAAGUUUGAGGUGCAACAACCUUUUUCUUUGGAGUGGUUCCGUUCUUUACUGUCAUGUGCCAUUGCUUUGGGACUUGCCCUCUCUUCCAAAUGGGUUGGCUUGUUUACCUUAAUCUGGAUUGGUCUUUCAUGCGCCGGCCACAUGUGGUUUCUCAUUGGCGACUUGCGCGUUUCUCCAUGUGCCAUUGUUAAACACGCCGCUGCUCGUGCCACGAUGUUGUUGGGUAUUCCAGCAGUAAUUUACUUGUUCUGCUUCUCCUUGCAUUUCCAAGUAUUGCCCAACGAAGGUCCAGGAUCUGCUUUCAUGACCUCCGCAUUCCGCGCUGGCUUGCGUGGCUCACCUGUGCCUAAAUCAACUACGGCUCAGGUGGGAUAUGGUUCUAUUGUCAGCAUCCGUCACCUUAACACACAAGGUGGUUACUUGCACUCACACAACCACCUCUACCCUGCAGGGUCUAAGCAGCAGCAGAUCACCUUGUACCCACACAUUGAUGUCAACAAUGAAUGGCUCAUUGAGCCCUACAACAUGUCGAUUCCAGAUGAAUUCACUCCUAUCACCGACGGCACUAAGAUUAGAUUGAAGCAUAUCAUGACUCAUAAGAGAUUGCAUUCUCACGAUGAGAAACCUCCUGUUUCUGAACGUGACUGGCAGAAGGAAGUUUCUUGUUAUGGAUACGAAGGAUUUGGAGGUGAUGCCAAUGAUGACUGGGUGGUUGAAAUUGUCAAGCACAAAUCCGAAAAAGGCGAGGCCCAGGAAAAUGUGAAGGCCUUGGGAACCGUUUUCAGAUUGAGACACGCCAUGAGCGGCAACUACUUGUUCUCCAGCGAAGUCAAGUUGCCAUCUUGGGGUUUCGAACAACAGGAAGUCACUGCGGCAGGCCAAGGUGCCAGACCAUUGACCCACUGGUACAUUGAAACGAACGACAAUGACAGAUUAAAGGAAGAGGAAAAGGACAUUGUUUCGUACCCAACAUUGACAUUCUGGCAAAAGUUUGUCGAAUCUCACAAGACUAUGUGGAAGAUCAACCAAGGUUUGACCUCUUUCCACAAAUGGCAGUCUGACCCACAAGACUGGCCAUUAUUAUUACGUGGUAUCAACUACUGGGCUAAGGACCACACUCAGGUGUACUUCCUUGGUAACCCUGUUGUUUGGUGGACUGCUUCCGCGUGUUUGGUUGCCUUUGUGAUCCACGUGGGUAUUUCUGUGUUGAAAUGGCAAGCUGGCCAGACUGUGGCCCAAAAUAAGAAUGUGUUCAAUUUUAACGCACAAAUGCUCUCCUACUUUUGUGGGAUGGGCAUUAUCCAUUAUGCGCCUUUCUUCAUAUAUGGGUAG